AUGGCAACACGGCGAAGUCGAUUUUCGGAUGAAGAAGCUGAUGAAAUUUCAGAAAACUCUGGAUCAGAAUUUGAAGCUGAAACAGAUUCAACAUACUACAGCAGUGGCGCUGACAGUGAUUUUGAUGAAACUUCUUCGCAAUCAUCAUCUCGUUCAACUCAUGAUGAGUCUUGGCGAAUAGGAAACUUUCGUCGAAACAAACGGACAUUUAUGUUCACUAACAGCGGCUGUACGUCAAUAGUUCUACAUAAAUUGAAAGGCGAUGCUUCUAUGGAUUUUUUUAAUUUGUUCUUUGAUGAAAACUUGAUGGGUACGAUCGUUGAUCAAACAAAUUUGUAUUAUUAUCAAACUGGAAAAGCAUCAUCGAAAGUCGCAAAGACACCUUCGUGGUUUGAUACAACAAUCGACGAGAUGUAUGUGUUUUUGGCUACAACAAUGCUGAUGUCUUUCACGAAAAAGAAUAAACUACUAUCCUACUGGUCAACUGAUAGAUUGAUCAUGACACCUAUUUUCAACGAAUUAUUCCCACGUCAUCGGUACUUCGCCAUAUUACAAUAUCUACACUUCAAUAACAAUACAGAACAACCAGAUGAUGAUCGACUAUAUAAAGUAAAUUCCGUUUUGCGCAACUUGAAUGAAAAGUUUUCGAACAGCUUUUAUCCGUAUCAAAACAUUUGUAUCAAUGAAGGUAUGAUAGCUUUCAAAGGCCGUCUAAAAUUCAAGCAAUAUAUUCCUUUGAAAGGAAAUCGAUUUGGAAUCAAGCUAUUUCUCAUAUGUGACUGUUCGACUGGAUUUAUCCUAAAUUUCAUAGUUUAUACUGGAAGUGCUUCUGAACGAGUUAGAACCUCAGAACUUGAUAUUCCUGGCUCAAUAGUUAUGUUACUACUAGAAAAAUAUCUUGACAAAGGUCCUAUUAUUUACGUUGAUAACUGGUACUCAAGUCCAAAGCUGUUCCAAGUUUUGUAUGAACGCUCGACUGGUGCCUGUGGUACAAUCCGAAAGAAUCGUUCUGGUUUUCCAGUAUUUCAAGAGGAAUUGCAGCAAGGAGAACAGUCUGUACUACACACAGCCAACAUGUUAGCUUUGAAAUGGCAUGAUAAAAGGGAUGUAUACAUGUUGUCCAGUGUUCAUGAUCCUUCAAUGGUAUCAACAGGCAAAAGAAACGCCCUUACUGGUGAAGAGAUACUGAAACCAUUAUGUGUAAAGGAAUAUAAUCAAAACAAAGGUGCUGUGGAUAAAUGA